CAGAGACCGGUCGUCACUAGUUAAAGCAGCCACAAAGUCUUAAUUAAGGCUCAACUCCGCCCAUUUCUGCUAUUUAUUUGGUUAAAAUCGGAUUUAAAACCCAACCACAAUACUAACCGUAUACCUUACCCUAGCCUUAAAUUAAGACCAAAAAGCAAAAAUGUUGUAGACAAUUUUGACUCUGUGAUUGUGUUACCUAGUGUGGAAACCAGCUACGCAACCUCUUUAAAAUCAUCUAACUUUUUUUAGUGGAUUGAUUGAUAUUAGCGCGGUCGUAGGCUAAAUCUACCGAAAUGGGGAAGAGGGACAACAGAGUGUCUUAUGUGAACCCAAUAGCUGCAUCACGUGCCAAUGGACCCGCACCCAAUGCAGGACCCUCUAUCCAGGAUUACCUGAGCAGACCACGGCCAACAUGGGAAGAGGUGAAGGCGAUCAUAGAGAGGAAGAAGAAAGGCUCCAGAGCCCUGGCGGACUUUGAGGACCAAAUGAACUCGAAUUGGAAGAAGGAGCUGGCGAAGAACAGAGAGAAGUUACUAGGUGGUGUUGACAAAGACAAGGAGAAAGAGAAAAAGAAGAGCGAGAAAGGAAGGAAAGGAAAGAAAUCCAACAGGCAUUCCUCUCCUUCAUCCUCCUCAUCAAGUUCUGAUUCCUCAAGCAGCUCUUCCUCAGACUCUGAAGAUGAGAAUGAAAAGAGCACCAAAAGGAAAAAGCGGUCCUCCAAGAAAGCAUCGGAUGACUCUACUGUAGAAUUGGAGCCCAACGGCAAGGGUGAGAAGAGCCGCGGGAAGAAGAGGAAAGCUGAGCGAAGUCGUAAAGACUCCUCCUCAGAGUUGUCCGCUGACUCCGACAUGGAGGUUGGUGAACCCAAGAAGAGAAAGACGAGAAGGAGAAAGACAAAAUGACAGCAGACAAUGACCCAACACACCUCCAGGCUGUGUAAGGGCUAUUUGACCAAGAAGGAGAGUGAUGGAGUUCUGCAUCAGAUGACCUGGCCUCCACAACCAUCAAACCUCAACCCAAUUGAGAUGGUUUGGAUGAGUUGGACCGCAGAGUGAAGGAAAAGCAGCCAACAAGUGCUCCGCAUAUGUGGGAACUCAAAGAAUGCCAAGAGUGGGCAAAGCUGUCAAAGGCAAAGGUGGCUACUUUGAAAAAUAUAAAAUCUAUUUUGAUUUGUUCAACACGUUUUUGGUUACUACACGAUUCCAUAUGUGUUAUUUCAUAGUCUUGAUGUCUUCACUAUUAUUCUACAAUGUAGAAAAUAGUAAAAAUCAAGAAAAACCCUUUAGUGUCCAAACUUUUGACUGGUACUGUAGGGCAAUGCAACAUCAUUUGACUAGGGUCAUAAAAUAUACAGUUCCUUCAGAAAGUA